CACGUGUUGAAACCUAGGCCCCCUUCCGAGCAAAAUGGCCGAUGUGCUCCUCCUCCGGGUCAGGCUGCUGUCUGAGUCUGCGUGUCAAACACGGCCAAGGAGGGAAAAGAUGCAUCAGUGACUGAAUGGUCUUUUGCAACAUGAGUGUUGGAGCGACUUAUCGGUGAUGUCGGAAUCAGCUACUCGGUCCUUGCAGGAAGCUUAAUCGACCGCGGAGUGGCAGGAGCGCACAUCGGAAGAAGGGAGCUGUCCUUUAGCUAAAAUGACUUUCAACCGGUUACUAUCUAGCGCUGUUCUCGUCAGCAGAGUUGGAUCCAGGUCUGUAUUCACAAGCUCCAAGCCCGACACUGCUAACCCCAACUGGUUGCGGGUUGGUCUUGCCUUUGGAACGUCUGCCUUCCUUUGGGGCCUGCUCUUCAAGCAGCACAGCACAGACGCACAGGAGUACAAAGUGAGGAAUGGCCUGGAAUAACCCACCACACUGGAGGCGGUCAGGUCCUGUCUAUAGGAAGCACCUGUUUGUCUGCUUGUUUCCAAACUCUGAAUUCUGUGUCUAAUAAAAAUGAACUAUGUGAAAUA